CCUUCGUCUCUCUCCGCCCCACGUCUCAGCGAAGGAGCAGGUGGGUAGCCCCCACCAUAGCAGUUGCUCUUGGCUCGGCUGGAGCAGCAGAGCUAGUUAUAUGCUACCGCUGCCGCCGCUGCUCCCAUUACCGCCGAGUCUAGCAUUCUUCUUCGUUUCCUCCUCCACAGAAAAAUAAAAAUAAAAAAGAAGUCUGUCGCACUCCUCCCUAGCCGAACAGUCACUAGUCUGAAAGCAACGCCCGAGGGCCCGAAGUGAAGAGGUGGAGAGAAGAGCCGAGCCGGAGCUGGAGCGGGGGACCCCGCUACGGUCUGUCCGAUCUACGGACCGAGGCCGUCGGGUUGAUCGAAACAACAUGGCUACAACAAUUAGGGAAGUGGGAGUAUGGAGACAAACUCGAACUCUUUUACUCAAGAAUUAUCUAAUUAAAUGUAGGACUAAAAAAAGUAGUGUUCAGGAAAUUAUUUUUCCACUAUUUUUUUUAUUUUGGUUAAUAUUAAUAAGCAUGUUGCAUCCAAAUAAGAAGUAUGCAGAAGUACCUGAUACAGAACUUGAUCCCUUGGAUAAAUCUAUCCUGUCUGACUUCAUUAUUGCAUAUGCUCCAGUGACUAACAUUACAAGGAACAUCAUGAAUAUAGUGUCUUCUCAUUAUCUUCCUGAUGUCCUAAUUACUGAAAAGUAUGCAGAUGAGAGAGAAUUGCAAGAAUCCAGUCUUUCUAAGCCUACCAAUUUUGUGGGUGUAGUUUUCAAAGACUUCAUGUCCUAUGAACUGCGUUUUUUUCCUGAUAUGAUCCCAGUGUCUUCUAUCUAUAUGAAUUCCAGAGCUGGUUGUUCAAAAUCAUGUGAAGCUACUCUAUACUGGCACUCAGGAUUCAUAGCUUUGCAAACUUCCAUUGAUGCAGCAAUUAUACAGUUGAAGACCAAUUAUUCAGCAUGGGAAGAGUUGGAGUCAACUAAAGCAGUUGUCAUGGGAGAAACUGCUGUCAUAGAAAUAGAUAACUUUCCUCGAGGAGUCAUUUUAAUAUACCUAGUUAUAGCUUUUUCACCUUUUGGAUACUUUUUGGCAAUUCAUAUAGUGGCAGAAAAAGAGAAGAAGUUGAAAGAAUUUUUAAAGAUAAUGGGGCUUCAUGAUACUGCCUUUUGGCUUUCUUGGGUUCUUCUGUAUACAAGUUUGAUUUUUAUUAUGUCUCUUCUCAUGGCAGUUAUUGCAACAGCCUCUUCAUUAUUUCCUCAAAGUAGCUGUUUUGUGAUAUUUCUUCUUUUUUUCUUAUAUGGAUUAUCUUCAGUUUUCUUUGCUUUAAUGCUUACACCACUUUUUAAAAAAUCAAAACAUGUGGGAAUAGUUGAAUUUUUAGCUACUGUGGCAUUUGGAUUUGUGGGCCUUUUGAUUGUUCUGCUGGAAGAUUUUCCUAAGUCUCUGGUAUGGCUCUUAAGCCCCUUCUGUCAAUGUACAUUUUUAAUUGGUAUUACACAGGUCAUGUAUCUGGAAGAUUUAGAUGAAGGUGCUUUGUUUUCUAAUUUGAUCAAAGGCCCAUAUCCUCUUAUCAUUGCCAUUAUAAUGUUGGCACUCAAUAGUGUAUUUUACAUCCUCUUAGCUGUUUAUCUCGAUCAAGUCAUUCCAGGUGAAUUUGGACUACGACGACAAUCUUUAUAUUUUAUAAAGCCCUCUUAUUGGUCAAAGAGUAAAAGAAAUUAUAAAGAGUUAUCUGAGGGCAAUGUUAAUGGAAAUCCUGGAUUCAGUGAGAUUAUUGAACCUGUUUCUUCAGAAUUUCUGGGAAAGGAGGCUAUCAGAAUCAGUGGUAUUCAGAAAACAUUCAGAAAGAAAAGUGAAACUGUGGAGGCACUAAGAAAUUUAUCUUUUGACAUAUAUGAGGGUCAAAUUACAGCAUUACUUGGCCAUAGUGGAACAGGAAAAAGCACAUUAAUGAACAUUCUUUGUGGACUUUGUCCACCUUCAGAUGGACUUGCAUCUAUCUAUGGACAUAGAGUCUCAGAAAUUGAUGAAAUGUUUGAAGCAAGAAAAAUGAUUGGAAUUUGCCCACAAUUAGAUAUAAAUUUUGAUGUGUUGACAGUGGAAGAGAAUUUGUCAAUUUUAGCUUCUAUAAAAGGGAUUCCAGCUAACAGCAUAAUACAAGAGGUGCAGAAAGUUCUACUAGAUUUGGAUAUGCAAGCCAUUAAAGAUAACCAAGCAAAAAAGUUAAGUGGAGGUCAGAAACGAAAGUUGUCACUAGGUAUUGCUGUUCUUGGAGAACCCAAGGUAUUACUACUUGAUGAACCAACUGCUGGAAUGGAUCCUUGCUCACGUCAUAUUGUUUGGAAUCUCUUGAAAUACAGAAAAAACAAUCGUGUCAUAGUACUUAGUACUCAUUUUAUGGAUGAAGCUGAUAUUCUUGCUGAUAGGAAAGCUGUGAUAUCACAAGGAAUGUUGAAAUGUGUUGGUUCUUCUUUGUUUCUCAAAAGCAAAUGGGGAAUCGGCUAUCGACUGAGCAUGUACAUAGACAAGCAUUGCAUCACAGAAUCUCUUUCAUCACUGGUUAAACAGCAUAUACCUGGAGCUAACAUAUUACAGCAGAAUGACCAACAACUUGUCUAUAGCUUGCCUUUUAAGGACAUGGACAAAUUUUCAGGCUUGUUUUCUGAUCUAGAUACCCAUUCUAAUUUGGGGGUUAUUUCUUAUGGAGUUUCCAUGACAACCUUGGAAGAUGUGUUCCUAAAGCUGGAAGUGGAAGCAGAAAUUGAUCAAGCUGAUUAUAGCAUAUUUAGUCAGCAGCAAUCAGAGGAAGAAACAGAUUCAAAAUCUUUUGAUGAAAUGGAGCAAAGCCUACUUAUACUCUCUGAAACCAAAACAUCCACAGUGAGCACUAUGACUCUUUGGAAGCAACAAGCAUAUAUGAUAACAAAACUUCAUUUCCUUACUUUGAAACGUGAAAGUAAAUCAUUGAGAUCUGUGUUGCUCCUGCUUUUAAUUUUUCUCGCUGUUCAAGUUUUCAUGUUUUUGGUUCAUCAUUACUUUAAGAAUAUUGUUGCUCCCAUCAAACUUACACCAGAUUUAUAUUUUUUGAAGCCUGGAGAGAAAACUCAUAAAUACAAAACAGGUCUUCUUCUUCAGAACUCAACUGACACUGAUAUUGAUGACCUCCUUAGCUUCUUCAGAAGUCAGAACAUCUUGGUGAAUUUGUUAAAUGUUAGCGACUAUGUAUCUGUUGCUCCUCAUAGUGCAGCUUUAAAUGUAAUGCAUUCAGGAAAGGACUACAUGUUUACAACUGUUUUCAAUAGCACUAUGAUUUAUUCUCUACCAGUAUUGAUGAAUAUUAUUAGCAAUUCUAUUCUUUAUCAUUUAAAUGCAACAGAAAAUAUCCAGAUCUGGAGCACUCCAUUUUUUCAAGAAAUUACUGACAUAGUUUUUAGAAUUGAGCUGUAUUUUCAAGCAGCUUUGCUUGGGAUCAUUGUGACUGCGAUGCCACCCUACUUUGCCAUGGAAAAUGCAGAAAAUCAUAAGAUCAAAGCUUAUACUCAGCUGAAGAUCUCAGGUCUUUUUCCAUCUGCCUAUUGGAUUGGACAAGCUAUAAUUGAUAUUCCCUUGUUUUUUGUUGUUCUCAUUUUGAUGCUAGGAAGCUUAUUUGCAUUUCACUAUGGAAUUUAUUUUUAUGCUCUAAAGUUCCUUUCUGUGGUCUUUUGCCUUAUUGGUUAUGUGCCAUCUGCUAUUCUUUUUACCUAUGUUGCAUCUUUCACCUUCAGAAAAGUUUUAAAUACUAAAGAGUUUUGGUCUUUUAUCUAUUCAGUGACAGCCUUGGUUUCCAUUGCAGUCACUGAAAUCACUUUUUUUAUGAGAUACCACACAGUGACAGCUGUCCUUCAUUAUACUCUAUGCAUAAUCAAUCCAAUCUACCCACUUUUGGGAUGCCUGAUCAGUUUUAUAAAGAUUUCAUGGAAGAAUGUAAAAAAAAAUGAAAGCACUUAUAAUCCGUGGGAUAGGCUUCUAAUAGCUGUUUUAUCGCCUUAUUUGCAAUGUGUGCUGUGGAUUUUCUUGUUGCAAUAUUUUGAGAAGAAAUAUGGAGGCAGAUCAAUAAGAAAAGACCCAUUUUUCAGAACCUUUUCAACUAAAGUCAAAAAUAGGAAGUUUUUGGAAGUGCCAAGCAGUGAAGAUGAAGAUGAUGAUGUUAAAGCUGAAAGACUAAAAGUUAAAGAGAUGAUGACUUGCCAGUGCUGUGAAGAGAAGCCAGCUAUUAUGGUUUGCAGUUUGCAUAAAGAAUAUGAUGAGAAGAAAGAUUUUCUUCUUACAAGAAAAAGAAAGAAAGUGGCAACUAAACAUGUAUGUUUGUGUGUAAAGAAAGGAGAGAUACUAGGACUAUUGGGACCAAAUGGUGCAGGCAAAAGCACACUUAUUAAUAUGCUUGUUGGUGAUGUUGAACCAACUUCUGGUCAGGUACUUCUGGGAGAUAAUUCCUCAGAACUGAGUGCCAAAGAUGAUGAUUCCAUUAAGUAUAUAGGCUAUUGUCCUCAAACAAAUCCACUUUGGCCAGAUAUUACAUUGCAAGAGCACUUUGAAAUAUAUGGGGCUAUAAAAGGAAUGCAUAGAAGUGAUGUGAAAGAAGUCAUAAAAAGAAUCACAAGUGCACUUGAUUUAAGAGAACAUAGCCAGAAAACUACGAAGAAAUUACCAGCUGGGAUAAAGCGCAAGUUGUGUUUUGCACUGAGCAUGCUUGGAACUCCCCAAAUUACAUUGUUAGAUGAACCAUCUACAGGUAUGGAUCCUAAAGCCAAGCAGCAUAUGUGGAGAGCAAUCCGAGCUGCAUUUAAAAACAAAAGGAGAGCAGCCAUCUUGACUACACAUUAUAUGGAAGAAGCAGAGGCUGUCUGUGAUCGAGUAGCUAUUUUGGUAUCUGGACAGUUAAGGUGUAUUGGCACUGUUCAGCAUCUAAAAAGUAAAUUUGGCAGUGGCUACUUUUUGGAAAUUAAAUUGAAGGACUGGAUGGAAAAUCUGCACGUGGAACAGCUUCAAAGACAAAUUCACUAUAUUUUCCCAAAUGCAAUUCGCCAGGAAAGUUUUUCUUCUAUUUUGGCUUAUAAAAUUCCUAAAGAAGAUGUAAGAUCUCUUGCACAGUCUUUUUCUGCUCUGGAAGAAGCUAAACAUACUUUUCAUAUUGAGGAAUACAGUUUUUCUCAAGCAACAUUGGAACAGGUUUUUGUAGAACUCACUAAAGAACAGGAGGAAGAAGAUAACAGUUGUGGAACUUUAAACAGCACACUUUGGUGGGAAAGGACCCAGGAAGACAGAGUUGUAUUUUGAACUCUUACCUUUCAAAUCCUCUAAGAGGAUUUUUUUUUCCUUACACUUCAUUACUUUUGUAUUGUUUUAAGAUCAAUCUUUGUAACAUGUCCUGUGAACCAUGAAAAAAUCUUUUGGGUCAUAGGAAAUGGUCAUAUCAUUACAUUUCUAGAAUUCUCUGAUUGCUAUGUUUUGGUUUUCUUUUGUGUAACUAAUUGUAUUUUAGUGUUACAAUCUAAAGGAUAUUUCUUUCUGACCUAUAUUUUGAGAGAAGCAUUUACUUGUCAUUUUUCUCUACUUUUGCGAAUAGUGUUUCUCUGUUUACAUUUGCACUAAUAGUGGAAGAUAGCAUUUUUAUUUUGACAAUUUUUCUUUGUUGAAUUUUUCAUUUACUUUUGGGGAAAAAUCCACCUCCAACUUGACCAGAAAAUAAGCUAUUAUGUUGUAGGUAAAUUUAAGUAGCCAUUGAAACUAGCAAAUAGGAUAGAGACUUAAAAGACACCACAUACUGUUUUCUAUCUUUUGGUUUUUAGAAUUAAGUUCUCACAAAAACUCUAUUUGCAGACCUUCUUAAAAAAGCAGCAGUAGAAAAGGUGUCUGAAAGAGAAAUUCAUAUGAAAAAUAUGUCUACUAAAUAGUAACCAGUGUGAAUGGUUUUAAUUCAAAUCUUUUUAGGUACUUUAGGAGAAUAUUCAUUGUAUUUUCAAGCUAAUUUGAUUGAUUUCUGUUGAAGUAUAUUCUACAUUUUGGAAUAAUGACAUUUCUUGGUCAUUAUUUAUUAAUUAUAUUUAUUAUUGAUUUGGCUGAUACCCUGGGUUUUUUUUGCUGCAUAGAUUGUCUAGAAUGCAGAAAACUGCUAGAUUAAGAUAAUUCACUUUCCCUUACUAAAAGGAGUAUUUUCUAUUUUGCUUAGUACAGAAGAGUAUAUAUUUGCUUCUUAAUGACCUGGAAGGAAAAUGGAGUAGGCUUUUUCAUAUUUGCUAGUAUUUUUACUUCAGACAGUACAUACUUGUGUUUUAGGAAUUUUAACCAUCAUUGGUUUGUUUUAUUAUAGAGACAAGCCAAGAACAGAAGUUACUGUCUAUAUUAGGGAACAAAUCAGAAUUUCAUCAUUUUUCCAGAGCUGUAAUGUGUAACGAGACUGAUUUAAGCUUUAAUUUAGUAUAAUUAUUUAUGGUAUACAAGUAUCAAGAAUAUCAUCUUCCCAUUAGCUACUUAAACCUCAUUAAUUUAAGCUAAACACUGCCUAGAUCCACCUAAUGAUUGUAGAUAGUACUGACAGAAAAUAUAUGGUACUAAUACAGAAUAUAUGUGGCUUACAGUAUAAGAAAAACAAAUGCACAAAACCAACUUGAAAACAAACUUGGUGGGGUGAUUAUUUACAUAAUAAAGAGUUAUUUACUUUAAAAUAUGUCAUUUCAGGGUUUCUUUAAACAGCUAGUUUAAUGCAUUUAAAAUUAUUUCAUAUAGAGAAAUUAGACUUACAUCACACUUAAGGAAUAUCUAUUGUAUAAUUCUAAUCCCGACCAAAUAGACAGAAAUAUGUAAAUGAAUAUAAUGUACCUUUUUUCAUUCUAGUAUCAAUCAUAUUUUUGUAAUUUUCCCAACUGAUAUGGCUUGGUGAAAGUUAACCUCAGUGAUCUUACUAUUCAUUUUAAUGAUUUCUGCCACACCAGCUAUCUUUAUACUUAACUAAUAUUUAAAAAAUAAUGAAUAUGAGUUUUACCUUUCCUCAGUGAAGAACCACAGGCUUUGGAUUUUAUUUUCUCCAAAUUCUUUCCUUUUAUGAUUGCCAAAAUUAUUUAUCAUUUUAACAAAGUCUUCCCAAGAUACAAUGGAAUAUAUUUCUGUUUUAUUCAUUUGAGACUGUCUCUUGCUUUGUUCUUUUUAUUUUUUGACUUGGACAUCACUCAUUUCUAUACCAACAGCAUGAACUUUAGUAAUACAUUUGCCAGUUUAGAGACAGGCUUAAAAGGAAAUGUCUUGCUUUUCUAGAUAAAUUUGUAAAUAAAUAUUUUAUGUUUGAAACAAAUCAUUGCUGAAUAACCCUUAAAUGAAAAGUCACUUAAUAACUAAAAAUCAUUGUUAUAUAUUUGUCUGUUUUUUUAUGUUGAAAAGAGGUAUUUUACUUAAGGGUAUAAUUUUUUAACCAUCAGUUACCCUGGACAGCUUAUAAAAACUAAGAAGUAAUUAGUAAGUUAUACCUGUAAAUUGAAAUAAUUUUAAACAUAAUAUUGAACCUCUGAGAACUAUUCAUUCCCACUGAGAAAAUUUAAUACAAAUUUUAGUUAAAAUAUACACGGAUUUUUAAAAUACCAAACAAAUAGUUUUAAUUUGGUAUGCAUAAAUAUACAUAGAAGUAAUUAAAUAAAAAAGUUUAAAUAUAGAGUUUAGAUUCUUUUAAGUCAAAUUUACAUUAUUAGCAUGGUAAUUUAGUUGCUUUUUAUUUUCUUCUUCAACACAUGCUCUUGAACAAAUUUGGCAGUUUUAAGGAUAUCACAUUUUUUAUAAUGUUUAUCUUUAAAGCACUUAUUCCCCACUACCGAUUGUCAGAGAUAAAGACUGAUUCCAUGCUUCCUUGGUAACAUUUUUAUUUUUUAUUCUUAUCUAAGUUGAAUAUAUGACUGAUAGUCUUUAUAAAAAAGCAAGGCCAAUUUUAAUAUUGAUAGUAUAUAGUUCAUGUUUAUGAAAUAAUACUACAGUGCACAAUCCAGAAAUAUUUAUGUUAUAUAUAUUUAUAUAUAUAUGAUAGAACAAACAUAAUGAUUAAAAGGUAUAUUUGUAUUGAUAAAGGUUGGUUAAAAAAAUAAGAACAUCCAUCUUCACUCAGAAUAUUCUUGGUUUUUAAAAGCAUAAGUUAGGUGUUUGAUAAGGUCAGUCCUUUGUAAAAAGUAUAAAAUAAAAGGUGAGAAGCAAUAGGAAAUAUUUAUAGUAACUAAAAUAAUAUAAUCAAAUUUAUUGGAACUUAAUUGUUUCAUAAGAUUUGCCUCAGAAAGAAAGUUUUCAGACCUUCAGUAUUGACUUUUUACCUUUUAGCCUAGGAUUCUUACUUAAAUUCUUUUGCUUUUAAUAAGUUUGAGUUCAGUAAAAAUUUAAUUAGCUUAGAAAAAUUUUUGCUCAGUGUUUCAUGUGGACUUUAUUCUGUUGUGUUUGUACUGAGUGACUUGAGAUAAGUGAUGACUAUAUAUGAAUUGCAUACCAUUAAUUUGAACAGAUGAAAAUAGUUAUUCUUUUUAGUUUUGAUCUUAACAACAUUCUGGCACCUGACCAUUUUUCCUUUCUUUGACCUAAAUUAGUAAACUUGUCCUUCCAAGUGAAGGCCUUUAUUUUUGUAUGCACACAUUUUAUUUUUUCUUUAUAAAUGUCAAUAUUUUACUUAUUUUAAAAGAAGAAAAAUUAUUCACUUAUUAAAAAGUCAUGAAUAUGAAUUAAUAAUUGUUCAUAUCCAUCUUUUAUGUAUUUUUGCUAUAACACUAAUAUAUCCUUUGCUUUUUGAACUCUGUAAGGAUUUACUUUUUAAUAUAAGUGGAAAAUUUUUCUCAGGCUAAUACCUUAUUUCUAUAAUAAAUAUGUGACUUUUUGGCAUGUGUUUUUAGUUGUUAGUUCAGGCACGUGAGAAGCUCCUUUCCUUUAAAAAUGGAAAAUAUGGCAUAAAAAUAUAUCAGUUUUUAAAAAUUUAUCUUUCCCAAUUACUGUUUUUAAAAAUACAUCUUCACUUUAAAAACUUGGGAAACUAUUUUGAGAACUUGCGCUACAUUUUAUCUACACUGCUAAUUAUUUUAUUGUCUUAAAUUUUCAUACAAAUACAUAAUUUCCUUUUGUAGUUUUCAGCAAUUAUUUUUUGGGGUUUAGAUACAUUGUACUCUAAAAUAGGUCUCAUAUGAAGCAAACCUCAUUUUUCAGUGCUACAUUAUUGCCUAAGAAUAUUAUAAAUAUAUUUGAUGCUGCAGCCAUAGUUUUUAAUGGAAAGAAUGUUAUUUAAAUCCUUAGUUAAAAACAGUGAGAUAAUGAAUAUUUCAUUUGAUCACUCUGAAUUUGAGAAAGAUAUUUAAGAUACAGAACUCUUAAGUGCUUUGAGAAUAUGACUUCUGAUGUUAUCUUAUUAAAGAAUAUUGUAAUUCA